AUGAAUUCCUCUUUGGCACUUCUACUGGUCUACUCGAGCACGGUUACGGCACAUACUCUAGAAUCUGGACAGCGCUUGGUCAAGCUUCGCAAGUAUUGGGGUAAGGUCCGCAAGGGUAUCUGGGAGGGAGUUUGGAGUGAUGGGUCCAAGGAGUGGAUUACUGGAGUGCAGGAGGAGAUGGAUCACAAUUUUGGCAGCGACUCUGUUUUCUGGAUUUCUUACGAGGAUCUUAUUCGAAUAUACUCUCACUUCGACUUUCUUUCACAGUUUGAUGGUCGAUAUUUCAGGGGUCUCCACGCACAGUACUCCUUCCGUCUUCACUUCCGGCUUCACUGCGAAGACUGCCUAGAUGCGGAGCACUGCAUUAUACGCGCUCACGGUAACUAUCUCAUGGAGUGUUCAGUGUCUGUUGAACUGCCUGACCUCCUUGCUUGUAACUAUGCUGUCUACCUCAAGGCCACUGACGAAAGAGACUCCAGGGUUCAGUCUGUUGAGACCACAUACAACAACGCGGACAAGAGAAAGCAACGUCGCGCAGAGUGGGAGGUUGAGCAGAAGCGCCUUAAUAAGGAGUUCAACGCCAAGGUCAAGGCUGAGGACGAGAAGGCUGCUGAGGCUAAGAAUAGGGCUCAAGAGGCUGAUGACAAGGCUUUGAGCAAAAGAACUAAGGAGAUCAAGAUUUCAGAGGACAAGGAUGAGCCUGUUGUUGAUGAGCACCGCAAAGGACAUGGCGGUUAG